UUCACUUUGACUGGAAAACAUUUGAGGAGUGAGCAGAUUGUCUUCAAGGUAUUUUCUUGGAUGGGAAGGGAAUUCAAAAUUCUGAUAAAGAAAAUGGCUUUCUUGCUGGACUGCUCUUGAACAACUGGCAGCAAAACUUCAUUCUCUUGUGGGCUGAGCCAUUGAGCCUCUGCAGACUUUGGAAGAGAGAAUCAUUAGCCGAAACUUUCAACAACCGGAGAGUCCAGAGAGCAGCUCUGGCUUUUUUGGGGUUAAUUCCUGCUGUGGGACUAGAAAGUGGAAUAUCAGACCUUCCCAAGCUGCAGCAGCACUUGACAUCCGCUUCACCUCACACCUGAGUCCCUGCUUCCGGGAAGAAAAACCUGAGUAAAGUCAGCCAUGGCAGCAGAGACGGAUUCUUCUUGACAGUGGCUACUUCUAACUUCAGAGCUGUGGGCACUGAACUAGAAAGCGGUGCAAAAAGAAAGGAACAGCAUUUAAAUGACAAUGGGAAACUGAAAAGAAAGAACCUACGUUUUCUCCCUUCAAAAAGAAUUACCUGUUAUUGACCACAGAGAGCUGUUAUUGACGAUCCCUGGGACAGGGCCCUGUAGAGUGAGAGGAUGGACAUCACCCGUCUGCUCCUGGCCACUCUGCUGGUCUGUCUGUGCUUCCUCACUGCCUGCAGCCACCUGGCACCUGAGGAGAAGCCCAGAGAUGACAGGAGUAAGUCCUCCAUGAACUUGUUGGAUUUCCCUUCUGUCUCUAUCGUGGCUCUGAACAAGAAGUCUGAAAAGAUCAGCAGAAAAGAAGCAGAAAAGAAAUCUUCCAAGAAAAAGGCUUCGAUGACGAAAGCGGCGCGACCCCGGCCCCAGUCGCCCGCCGCUUGCGUGGCCACCCGCGACAGCUGCAAGCCGCCGGCGCCCGCCUGCUGCGACCCCUGCGCCUACUGCCAGUGCCGCCUCUUCCGCAGCGCGUGCUCCUGCCGGGUGCUCAGCCCCCGCUGCUGA